AUGGGCGUCUGCCAUUCACAAGAAUUCUCACUCCAGUAUCUACGUAUUAUUGUUAAAAAAGAAAAGGAAGAAUUAAAGAUAGCAAAACAACUUUUACAAGUUCAAGGUAAAACGUUAGAAAAAAUAAUUGUUGAUAGUCCACCAUAUUCGAAUGAUAAACCAGAUGGAAGAUUUCAUGAUGAAACUGAUUUAAUUCAUGAUCUAACAGUCGAACCAAAUCUACGCGAGUUAAUUCUGAAUGCUCGUUUACCUAUUGUCAGCAUGUGGAAUGAGAAAUCAAGACAAAUUAUUAGAAAAUUUGCAAUUGAUGUUGGUCCUCAAUCACAAAGUAACUGUUGGUCAUGUUUUUAUAGUUUUGGAAAUUGGUUAAAGUUUUUCGAAAUGUGUCGUGGCAUGAAAAUAACUGAUAAUAGAGCUAACCAUGCUCCAUUUUUCUCACCAUCGGAGGAUGUACAAAUUGAUUCAACAAAUGUAAAAUCAUUUCCACUUGUUGAAUAUUUAACGUUACAAACAAAUAUAUUCAGAAAUCAGAAUGGAUUUGUAGAUUUACUAUUGAAAAUAUGUCCAAGUAUAAAACAAUUUGAGUUAGAAACAUGGACGCAAGAAUAUUCCUGUUCUAUUGAUGUUAUAGUAGACAAUUUAAUCAAUUUAGAACAUUUAAAAGUACGUAUUUGGUGGUGUUAUGGCCGUAAAUAUAAACAGUAUAGUUUAGAACAGUUGUACAUUAAUGAUAAUAUUAUUAAUAAAGUUAUAUCCAAAUUACCAAAACUAUUGUCAAUUGAUUUAGAAGGUCAUCUAGAAUUUUCUGAC